CAUUGUACGAGCACUAUGUUCAAGUUCGUGAUUCUGUUGUCUGUCGUCGCCUGCGCCUUUGGUGCUGCUAUCCCUGAGGGUCUCCUGCCCCAAUUGGAUGGACGCAUUGUUGGCGGCACUCCCACCAGCAUCGGCAGCUUCCCCUGGCAAAUCUCCCUGCAGCGUAAUGGCGGCCACUCCUGCGGUGGUUCCAUCUACAACUCCAGGAUCAUCGUGACCGCCGCUCACUGUCUGCAGGGCGUGUCCGCUUCCAGCUUGAAGGUGCGUGCCGGUUCCACCUACUGGAACUCUGGUGGCUCCCUCAUCCAGGUCGCUGCCUUCAGGAACCACGAGGGCUACAACCCCAACACCAUGGUCAACGACAUCGCUGUCAUCCGCCUGAGCUCUGCCCUGUCCUUCAGCUCCAACAUCAAGGCUAUCGGUCUGGCUUCUUCUAAUCCUGCCAACGGUGCUUCCGCUUCCGUCUCUGGCUGGGGCACCCAGUCAUCUGGAUCCAGCUCCAUCCCCUCCCAGCUGCAGUACGUCAAUGUGAACAUUGUCAGCCAGUCCCGUUGCGCCUCCAGUGCCUACGGCUAUGGUAGCCAGAUCAAGAACACCAUGAUCUGCGCCGCUGCCUCCGGCAAGGAUGCCUGCCAGGGUGACUCUGGCGGCCCAUUGGUCUCUGGUGGUGUCCUCGUCGGUGUUGUCUCCUGGGGUACUGGCUGUGCCUACAGCAACUAUCCCGGUGUCUAUGCUGACGUCGCUGUCCUCCGCUCCUGGGUGGUCAACGCAGCCAACUCUGUCUAAGAACUUUGAUCAAUAAAACCCGUCUAAACACAUA